ACCGGACGCCUGGCCCUGUUGCAUAUCAAUCUCCGUGAAGUGCCCCUUGAUGAGGACGUCCAGUUCGAGAAGAUUGCCGAACAGCUGGAUGGCUAUUCGGGUGCAGAUAUUACCAACGUCUGCAGAAAUCAUGUGGGAGAUGGGCCAAUGCGCAAUUCUUUCUGCCCCCUGAAAAAAGGACCCGUAAUGGUGCCGAUUGAUAUUACCUGCGCUCUCAUGGAUCACUGGCGGACUUUUGAAUCUGAACCGCCAUUUUUCUCUUUGCAUUGA